AAGAGUCUUCUACCCGGAGCUGUGCUUACAAGCCGCGUCGAGAGCAUUUAACAAGGCUGCAACACCCACUCGAGUUGCUCAUCAUAACCUCUCGAGUGCGACAAGGAAGUCAACAUGCAAAUUUCUCAGAUCAUUGUGGCUUUGGCCAUGGGCUGUUUGGUGGCUGGUAGUCCCGUGCCCAGCGAAACUCCAUCCGCCCGGAACGAUCAAAUUGCAGAAGCUCGCGAACAUUUCGAAUCUCCGAUCCAUCAGCUGGAAGCCGAUGAAGCUAUUCCAGCGGAAGAAGUCGCCAGUGACAUUGCCAGCCAAGCAGAAAUCUAUGCCGACCGUAGUGCCUUAUACAAAUACGAAGAUGAACCGGAAAGCAGCGUUCGCCAAUAUGGUAUUGCCAUUCCCGAGCUGAAACUGACGCAAUUCCAGAGAUCCGACGAUGAGGGUCGUUACAGCUUCGGCUACGCUUAUCCCGGACAAGUUCGUAUGGAGUCCCGCAACGAAGAUGGAGUCGUCACUGGAUCUUAUUAUUACAACGACCCCAACGGCACUCCAAAUCAGGUUCAAUACAUGGCAGAUGGUAGUGGAUUCCGCGUUGCAGCCAAUAAUUUACCCGUCCAUUUUCCCGGCCAUCAACCCCAGGACACUCCCGAAGUGGAAGAAGCUAGACGAAAGCACCUCGAAGCUUUUGCCGCCAUUGCUCAACAAAACAAAGCCCAAGUUACAGAUAAGAAAGAGUCUACCGUCCAGAAAGUCGAAACUGUCGUUGAAGAUGAGAGCCGUGACGCUGUUAUUACAGACGCGUUAGAGACCGAUGAAGUCAAGGCUACCGUUGAAAAAUUGCAAUCAUUCACGCCGGCUAAGAUCGAACAAAAUGCCGUUGAAUUAAAUCCGUCCAAUAGACAGCCGUCGAUCAAACCAUUGGAUCCUGACGUCAUUAUCGACGAUGAGAAUCAAGCCAUCAUCACCGAACAGGACACAGACGCUAACGCGGGAAUUUUCGAACUUGACGCCGAACCCAUUCGAUUGUUGGCCCAGCUUUAUGCCAAACACGUCGAGGAUGCUGAGCCUCCACAGCCGAUCGAACGGCCGGCUGGAUUCCAUCCGCAGAACCUCAGACCGCCCAGCGGUUUCGAUCUGUUCAGCCGUUUGGAAGGUGACGAUCGCCAGGCGAUUGAAAUCACCAAUCCUGAAUUUGUGGAUCUUCGUGCUUUCUUGCUGACCAAUAGGAUCCGCGCCAGCCAGAUCCCUCAACUCCUUUCGCAAAAGGAGGAGAAACAGCAAGGCAAACCGUCCAAGUUUGACGACAAUGCUGACCUCUUCAGUCCCGAAGAGGCCGAUGAAAUGAUCUUUGAUGACGAAGACGUUGUAGACGCCAACGAUUUGUAUAAUUACUAUUUCAAUAUCGCCAACGGUGGAGUAGGAGGGCCCGUCCUUGCUGUUAAUCGCGAAUCGCUAAGCAAAUUGCCCGAAUCUUUGCAAUUGGCUUUGACCGGGAUGGGAGCCAUUGAUGGCCAUCACAACGCCCAAUCGAUGCCCAGCCAGCAAAUCCAGCAGAAACAGCAGUUGCUCAACCAGCAGAGGUUCGCUAGCAAUUACAUCAACCAACGUCUGGGUUAUAAUUCGCCUUAUUCAUCGCUCUAUUCUCCCUAUUAUUUUUAUCGUCAAAACGCGCACAUGAGUCCUUACAAGUAUCAUGCAAAUCCUUACUCUUCUUAUUACCGCUUGCCAUUGGUCACGCCCUAUGCGUCAUACCCCUACACUAAUUACAACCCGUAUCAUUCUUAUUAACGAGCUUCAAUCAUGACGCCAUUUUGAUUGACAUUGCAUUUAAUUAUCACGUUCUGUUUGUGUCAUGGGUUUUUUUUUUUAUGAAAAAAGGGGGAGGAUUGGUUUUUUGUU